AUGGCGCCCAACCUCAUGAUGAUGGGCGUAACGCUUAUGCUAGCGUUCGCCACACGUUCUGUACUAGACACAGAGGAUUCUUUCCAAACGGGCAUUGUGCGUGGCUUGUAUGGGGUCUCGCAAUUCGUCUGCUACUGUGUGCUAGUAUAUCUGUAUGUCAAGACUUUAAACAACACAGAGCCUGGUGUUGUAACUGUGAAGGAGGAUCUCGGCUUUGGUCAAACUGGGGAUCGCGACGAAAAGAUUACAGUAGCUGAGCAUGACCAACGUGCCGUCAUAAAGGAGCUUCAACGCACUGCGCUGGGUACAUUGAUGACGCUGUUGAUGCAUUGGAAGUGGGGCUUUUUUCCACCUCUUGUGAUCCAAACUGUGACACAGCCUGUUAAUUUAUUCCAGGCGCCUAUAGUCAAGGUAAUAUUGAUGGGCGAGCGUGCGUGGGGUGAGCUGCGUCGCCCAUGGUUAAAUCGCAAUGACAUGAGCAAGUCAAUCAACUCAUGGAACAACACUAUCUUGUCAGCAAUGGGCGAGUCACCUGCUAAGAUUAAUAAGAAGGCAAGCAAGAAAGCUGCGAAGCGGAAAAAUAAGUAG